GGUCACAGGUCAGAUUGAUAGAGGACGUCACAAACGGUGAUGAAAGUAUGUUGAUAUCUUGAUUUCGACACGUUUAGAUUCGAUUUUCUUACAAAACAAGGUGGAUUUCUACACAACAAACCAUGUUUAGUAGCUUUUGGGGAGGCCAGGCCGCUACAAAUUCCAAAGAAGAGGAGAAAGUAGGCGAAAAGGGGGACAACAGCGAGACCAAAGAAGAACAACCAGCAGAAGAGAAGUCCUCGCCUGAAAGUGGGUCUGAGACGAAAACUCCAGAAGGCGGAGGAGAACAAGUCGACUACACACAAGCAGCCAAGGCAUGGGGCAGUUUUCUGGUCAGCGUUGCGACCUCCGCCACCAAGACGGCCACCCAGCAGGCCAAGAAGGUCACCAAGUCUGUCCAGCAAACAGCAAAGGACCUGUCAGAAACUUCCAUUCUAGGUGAUUUUCAGAGGGAACAAGAGAAAUUUCUACAGGAGAAACAACAGAUAAGAACAGAAGCUGCCGUGCCCCCCUGGGUUGGUUAUAAUGAGGAGGCAGCCAUGAAGAGUCAGAUCCUGGCCCUGUCACAGGACAAGAGGAACUUCAUGAGGAACCCUCCAGCCGGCGUGCAGUUCCAGUUCGACUAUGAGGCCAUGUUCCCUGUUGCCAUGGCAACACUUCAGGAAGACCCCAACCUCCAGAAGAUGAGGUUUGAGCUGGUCCCCAAACAGAUACAAGAGGAGAACUUCUGGAGGAACUACUUUUACAGGGUGUCUCUGAUCAAACAGUCGACCCAGCUGUCCUCCAUGGCACAGGACAACAGUAAACCCAAGGAGACAGACAACAAGGAGACACCACAGGAGGACAGCAAGAGAGAAAAGACUCCACCACAGAGUAUAGAGGGAGGGACCGGCACCCAGUUUGACCUUGGCUCAGAAGACCUCGGCACGAGCCCGUCUCAGCACGAGUUUGCGAGCGACGCGUUUGAGCACAGCACAGAAGUGAGUGAAGAGGAGAUGCAGAAGGCCAUGGAACAGCUGGGCAUGGACAAGAAGGACGAGACAACAGCUGAUGAAGGAGAACCAAAGAAGGAAGAUGUGCCAGAGUGGGAGAAAGAGCUACAGAAGGAGCUGCAGGAGUAUGAAGUUGUGGACCAGGGGGCCAAUGAACAGUGGGAGAAGGAGAUAGAAGACAUGUUGGGACUGGAAGAGGACAACGAGAAGAACUGAGAACCAACACCCCUUUUGUUACAAUGGUACCAUCCAGAUGUCAGGCAUAUUUAUUGUAGAGAUUGUUGAGGUGUGGGCCAGCCCACUAUGGAAAGAGGGAGUUAUCUAGAAAACAGAUUCAAAGGUGAGACCACACAAAUUAAACAACUUGUUGAAUGAAUCUUCCAACUGUU